AUGCUGCGUUCCAUCAUCAUGACUUCAGUGGCCGAGGCUUCAUCAUCAUCAGCUUCUGGCACAACAAGCCUUCGGACGGUGAAGGCUCUCUUCCCACAACUCUCUUCAAGAGUCUAUUGGAUGAAUAAGCCAAUGAGGAUGGUGUCCAUAGUCAUGUACCAUCAUCAACAUUUAUACAAUUAUUCAAAGAGCUUUCAUACGUGUUGCCCCCGUGGAGUGGAAAGUAUUAGUAAUAACAACAACGACAGAGAAGUCAAUCUUGCAAGCUCAUCCUCCACUACUACCACUACUUCCGAAAAUAACAAAUUUAUGAAAUUGGGUGAUCAUGAUGAAAAUAUUGAUACGAAUAUUCUCGACUAUUCAGUGAAUACAAUUCAACUUUUACGAGAUCCUUCAUCAAGUGCUAAUUUGAGAGACUUUAUGGUGGAUACAAUUAUUCAAAAAAAACAUAAAACAUCGGAACGUGACCAUACCAUUGGCCACACUGAAAGCAGUCCUAAUCAAACUUCUGAAGCUCGACAACAAUUAGAAUCAGUGCGUGAUCGAUUGCGAGAAAAAUUUGGAAACAAGUUAGUCUCUCAAAAGAAUACUAUAACUACAACUACUACACAUAUCUCUCAACAAACAAAAGGUCUCUCAAAUGCUACUUCCGAAAACUCUGCGGAAGAAACUACUCUGAAAAACGUGGAAUUUAUGAAAGCCAUCAAACACUAUGAGAAUGAAAUUGCAAAAAACGACAAGCUCCCGUGUUAUGAAACUAAAUGGCACAUUGAAAAUUAUUUACGCAAACAAUUCAAACGAGGGCAGAAUCUUUCCACAAUUCUAAAUUACUUUGUAAAAUAUCCUGAAAUCACAAGAACUGGUCAAUUUUAUACAAUCUUCCUGGAGACGAUUGCCAUGAGUUUACCUGUUUCAAAAAAGAUGUCCCUUGAAACUAUUGAAAAAAUUUUUGAGAAAAUUCCAUCCAUCGAUGUUUCACCUGACACCUAUAGAGCUCUAAUUUUAUGUUAUGCUAAUAAGGGAAAAUUGGACGCAAUUCCAGCUCUGUUGGACAAAAUGGACAGUCUCUUGGAAACUGGAUUUUUUCGAGCUCAAUCCGUCCCACUGAAAAUAGCCAAAGAAAGUUAUGAAAGUGGUAAAUUAUCAAUCUCACAAAGCACAGAUUCAAAUCAUGAUGAUAAUAUCAGUACUGAGCUAUUACAAGAAUUAUUUAUGCUUGAAAUGUUUAAACUCAAAUUGACAUUUGAGGCAUUUGCUCACAACCAUGACUUGAAUGCACUAGAAAAAUUAAUAAUCAUGAAGAGAUCAGAAUGGCUGAGUAACCACCAUUUUAUUUCCACCUACAUCAAAAUGGUCAAUGAUUCACUCGAGUUUUACUUGACCAAUAACAAGUACCUUCAUGCGAAAAAACUUGUCGACCUUUUUUACAAGUAUGACCUUCCAAGAUCAAGUAUCUUUGAAAAACAAUUGAAAUUGGACUUGACUCCCGAUAGAGGCAAUUCAACAUUAUUUUUGGCUGAGAAACCUGCACACUACAAUCGUUAUGCUCGAUUUUUCAAUCUUCAACUGUUGCUGUAUAAGGAAUUGUCAGAAUGCAAGCUCAAUUCGAAACUCCAAGAACAUUCUUCGGAUGCCCAAAAUAAGAGAGAAUACAUGUCAGCACAAAAAUUGUUUGACAUGACUAUUGCAGAAAUGAAGAAGGAAGGAAUUACGUUUACAAGCGAAAUUUAUUUGACUAUUUGUGCGUACUAUUAUUCACAACAAGCCUAUGAACGGUGUGUGUUCUUUUUUGAGGACGCCUUACGACAUGGAGUAGUUCCUAAAAAACGCUCUUUUAUAUAUGCAGAAGAAUCGUAUUUAGUGUUGAAUGACAUCAAGAAGGCCAUGCAGUGUCACCAAUUGAGAGACGUGUAUUACAGGCUUUUUGAGUUGAAUAAUGAAAUUUUAGCACAAGGUGCAGCUGCUUGUCUUGACUACCUGUACAAUUAUAAGGACAAAAAAACACAACAAGCAGAGCUUCGAAAACGAAAAGAACAAUCAAGGAUGCGAAAAGAAAAAGAGGAAGAAGUGAUGGAAGAGGAGGAGGAGCUUGGAAGGCCUGUUCUCGCCAGCACCAAGCAAUCGAAAGCAAAGAAGCAAGAAAAAAAAGGUUACACGUUGUCAGAGGUGUUUUUAAGUCUCACUAAGAAACAAUAA